AUGGCUGACUUCCCAUCUCCUCCGGUGCAGCCCUGCCAGUCUGACGCACGUUUUUCUGGCUGCGCCUUGGCCUGGGAUCACGUGGGACCUUCGGGGGCCAGUGGCAGCAGGUUUCCUCUCUGCUCUCUUCAGCCAGAAGUAACCGGUUGGCUUUGUUCCUUUUCAGGUCUCUUCACACUCCUGGUCGAAGAUUUUGGGGUCAAGGGAGUGCAGGUUGAAGAGAUUUAUGAUCUGCAGAGCAAAUGCCAAGGCCCUGUGUAUGGGUUCAUCUUCCUGUUCAAGUGGAUUGAGGAGCGCAGAUCACGCCGGAAGGUCUCUACCCUGGUGGAUGAGACGUCGGUGAUCGACGAUGACAUCGUUAAUAACAUGUUCUUUGCUCACCAGCUGAUCCCCAAUUCCUGUGCCACCCACGCCCUGCUGAGCGUCCUCCUGAAUUGCAACAAUGUCGACCUGGGCCCCACGCUGAGCCGCAUGAAGGAUUUCACCAAAGGAUUCAGCCCUGAGAGUAAAGGCUAUGCCAUCGGCAAUGCCCCAGAGCUGGCCAAGGCCCAUAACAGCCAUGCCAGGCCGGAGCCACGGCACUUGCCGGAAAAGCAGAAUGGUAUCAGCGCUGUGCGAACCAUGGAGGCUUUUCAUUUUGUCAGUUACGUCCCCAUCAAGGGACGGCUCUUUGAGCUGGACGGGCUGAAGGUCUAUCCCAUUGACCACGGGCCAUGGGCUGAUGACGAGGAAUGGACGGACAAAGCCAGGAGAGUAAUCAUGGAGCGCAUCGGCCUGGCCACUGCAGGGGAGCCGUACCACGACAUCCGCUUCAACCUGAUGGCGGUGGUGCCUGAUCGGAGGAUGAAGUACGAGUCCAAACUGCACAUCCUGAAGAUGAACCGCCAGACUGUGCUGGAGGCCUUGCAGCAGCUUAUCCGAGUAACUCAGCCUGAGCUGAUCCAGACCCAGAAGUCUCAGGAGUCUCAGCCUCCGGAAGAGGCAAAGCCAGCCAGCAGCAAGACUGUGACUCCAGAGAGCACCCAUCCAGACGGCACCGAUGAGCCCGCCAGCCAGGGCCACCCUGCGGCCACGCAGAGCCCGCCCAGCAAAUCCAAACCGGUGGUAAAGACGUCAGCGAGCAGUAUCAACGGGGCGCCUCCAGCAAACCCCAACCCCAUCGUGCAGAGGUUGCCAGCCUUCCUGGAUAACCACAACUACGCCAAAUCCCCCAUGCAGGAGGAGGAAGACCUUGCGGCAGGAGUGGGUCGCAGCCGGGUCCCAGUCCGACAGCACCAGCAGUACUCCGACGAUGAGGAUGACUACGAUGAUGAUGAGGAGGAAGAAGUUCGUAACACCAACUCGGCCAUCAGGUACAAAAGGAAAGGGCAGGUAAAGCAAGAGCACGCGACGGGGGCUGCGGAUGGCCAGCUCUCCGUCCUCCAGCCCAACACCAUCAACGUCCUGGCUGAGAAGCUGAAGGAAUCUCAAAAGGAUCUUUCCAUUCCCCUGUCCAUCAAGACGAGUGGCGGGGGCGCCGCCGUGGCAGUGGUCACCCACUCCCAGCCCUCUCCCACCCCCAGCAACGAGAGCACGGACACUGCCUCCGAGAUCGGCAGCGCCUUCAACUCACCGCUGCGCUCUCCCAUCCGCUCGGCCAACCCCACCCGCCCCUCCAGCCCCGUUACCUCCCACAUCUCCAAGGUGCUCUUCGGCGAGGAGGACGGCCUGCUGCGCGUCGACUGCAUGCGCUACAACCGGGCCGUCAGGGACCUGGGGCCCGUUAUCAGCACCGGGCUGCUGCACCUCACAGAGGACGGUGUGUUCUGCCCGCUGGCUGUUGCAGAUGGGGGGAAAAGCUCCCCCCCUUCCAUCAAACCCGGUGAAGAGGCCCCGGUCGCAAUCAAACUGGACGAGAAGGAGGGCAGUGAGGCCAGUGACAGCAAAGAGAAGGUGGGACUUGGCAGGACCAGUGAUCACCCUGGGGGGGAAAAGUAUUCUCCCAAGGAGCUGCUGGCACUACUGAAGUGCGUGGAGGCAGAGAUUGCGAACUAUGAGGCCUGCCUGAAGGAAGAGGUGGAGAAGAGGAAGAAAUUCAAGAUCGAUGACCAGAGGAGAACCCACAACUACGACGAGUUCAUCUGUACCUUCAUCUCCAUGCUGGCCCAGGAAGGCAUGCUGGCAAGCCUCGUGGAGCAGAACAUCUCCGUCCGCAGGCGGCAGGGGGUCAGCAUCGGCCGUCUGCACAAGCAGAGGAAGCCGGACCGCCGGAAACGCUCCCGCCCGUAUAAAGCCAAGCGUCAGUAGCCUGGGAGUCAAGACUGUGAGAAGCAGCAGCUGGGCUUUGUGGCUUUGGGCAGUGGCACUUGGAUCUAUGUUACCCUUUGCCCAAGGAAGAGGGACCACAGCGACAAGCUCUCAGCCAAGGUGGAGCCUGGGGACAAAGGGAAAUUGGGUUUUCCUCUGAGCCCGAGUUGUGAAAGGCGGGAAUAUGUUGUCUUGAGGGGAGUCCCUGCAGCUGCAGCAGAAGGCAAGCCGGAGUGCCCAGCUGCCUGACUGUGCCACGGCAGCGCCCAGAGGCCAUGGGCCUGUGUCUCGGCGCUGUGGCAGGAGGGGAAGAGCCCACCCGGCUGGUGACGGGUCUGGUGGUGUGGGAACGCCAGUGAUGCCGAUGCAAGGCUGUGCUGGCCGCAGCUGGCUGUAGCUUGUGUCCUCCUGCGUCUAGGCCUUCAGCUCUGCGCUUCCCCAGGACACUCACGUCUGUGUUUUCUAUCCCUCUCCCUCCCUUCCCCAAACUUAUUUUUGGUUCUGACCCUCGCUUCGGCCGUUGCCGAGCGAGGCGGCGCCUGGACAGAGCCCGUUCUCCUGCAUCCACCCCCCGCUGCACCGCCCAGCUCCCAGAGCUGGCCGACACGUGGCCAGGCAGUCCUGCCUUGCCCUGCCCUCACUGCUCUGGGGAUGGCAGCAGGGGAUGCCGAGGCUCCCCCGUGGGCCUCGGCAGCUCUGUUGCUGCAUGAGGAUGGGUGGGCUCGUCCCUGGAGCUGGGCCCUGUGCCCAGCCCUCCGUGGUGGUGCUGGGGGGCAGCGUGUGGCUCUGCUGCCACGGCUGCUUUCCUGGGGACCAGCUCUGUGGCCCUGGCAGUGCCUGUGGGUCAUGCGGGGUUGCUCCAGGCCCAGUCCCCAGAGAAACCCCGUGAAUUAUGAACAGACCAAGUUCAUAGGGUGGCCUCGGUGCUGCUGGGCACAGCGCCGGGGUGGACGCUGGAUGUGGAGUCACUUGGUGCCCUUGGUGAAGCCUUUCAGCGUGGGGAGAGGCGACUGGUUACUGUAAUGCUCAAGGUGGGAUGGGGACUGCAGUGGCAGGCGGAAGCAGUGGAGGGAGCCCAAAGCGGCUCCUGCCCAAGCCGCUCGCUGGCUGCUCACCCAGAGCUUGCUGGUGGGGGCAGCAGCCUGUUUCCUACCGCAGCACUCGGGCCUGGCCUGCCUCUUGCCUGCCGCCUCCUGCCAGCCCCGCCAGCGCUCCUGCGCAUGGCCUUCUGCCUGUCCCCAGCAGCCCGGCCGAAAUCUCAGAAGCCAGAGGUCAGCACCUCUCUCCAGGGGUGUCCUGAGGCACAGCUGGGCCAAGGGGAGCUGCCACAGGAGAGGACUGAGUUUUGCAAAUGUGCAAAUUUGUACAGAUCUUGACUAUGGAAUGAAACUGUUCUUUUGGUAUUUGUUGAAGGGAAGAAAAUCCUUCUGUUUCUUGCUGUGUCUAAUAUCAAGUUCUGUAAAUAAUGGAUCUGUCUGAAGGAAUAAAGCUAUCCUGUAACAGC